GUUUCACCAUCUGAGUUAAUUUGGCGUCCUUUUGGUUUUAGUUUUAUCUAAGGUUUGGCGCGCCUUUUUUAUACGCAACCACGAUUAUCAUAUAAUAUUUUGUAUAAGCCAGGAUGUCAGACGACGAUUGCGAUAUAUUUAGUGCUGCUCGCAAGCGUGUUCCGGUGCUAGCUUUGCCCAAGGAAUCGUAUAAUCCCAGCAAUGAUUCUUUCUCCAAGGAAGUAGACUAUGAUUUCUUAGAAGACAGUCCCAAGAAACCGAAUAAGACCAGUAAACGGAAGCCCCCAGCAGCACCCCGGGAAAAGCCUCAGAAAAGUAAAAGUGGUCCUUCGCCGCCAAAACAGACUAAGCUAGAGCCUCCUAAAAUAGAUAAAGAUGAGGACGAGGAACGGUCCCUGUCCCCGGUAUCAAAGUUAAUCCUAGAGAUGGAGCUAAAGAAUGCCAAUGAAAAAUUAGCCGAGUUGAACAAAAGUCCUGUGGCCAGACGUACUCGGUCCUCACUCAGCAAGGUAGAAGCACUGCCUGCAACGGCGACGUCUAUUGUAGAGCCUCCCGCCAAAAGCCAGCAGAAACCAAAAACACGGGGAAGAAAGAAAAAGUCAGCACCUGCAAUGGACAAUGUUUCGGAUGUUGUUGUUUCUUCACUUCAAAGCAUUGUGGCCAGCUUAAACCAAAACAACAACAGACGCCAGACGGUGGCAGAAUUUGCAGCCCGUUCAAAGGUGGUGGACAGCAUUGAUCUGGUAUCAGCGGUGGCUCCGCGAGUGGAAGGCUUUGUAAAUCUUGAUUCUGAGGACGAACAAGAAGCUCCUACUCCCGUAGAGGAGGUAAACAUCUUUGAUAACGAUAAUCCCACCAUAGAAGUAGCUCUGUGCUGGCUUGGCGAAAUUCAGACUUACAAACUGCGGCAACACCAAAAGUUCAAGCAUUUGUUCAAGGAAGUAGCAGAACGCAAUGCAGUAGACGAGAAUGAUAUUUCCAUAGAUAUGUACCAUAAUUUUAUAGGACCCGAGGAUACUCCACAUGGCAUUGGUCUUAAACCCUUUCAUACGCUCAGCGGGCAUGCAACAAAAUCCAACAAUCACAACAAAGUGCUGGCUAAUAAAGAUGACCCACAAGCUCUAAGUAAGAAAACCAAAAAGUUUCAAGUGAAAGUCCAAGCGGCUAAAUGGAAGAAUCCAAUGGUUAUGUCAAUGAAGAAAAGGGAUACCUUCAAAAUGUUAUAUAUCCAGUGUGCCGAAGAGAUGAACUGUGAUGCACGCCUCAUUAAGCUUUUUUUUGAUGGCGAACUAUUAGAUCCGGAUGAUACCCCCAAAAACCAGGAUAUGGAGUGCAAUGAACUGAUUGAUUUACAAAUUAAGUCAUAAUUUUAAACACAUAUGUAAUUAUUCCAAAGUGUUAUGAAUUUAUUAAUAUUUUUUGAUCUAUGCUGUGCUAGAUUUAAUGUCAAAAGUGUUUAAAUUACAAAUAUACAUGCUUGUGAAAUGUUGUCAUUGCA